CAGCCACAUAUACAUAAAAGCCUCUCUCUCUUUCUUUUUAUUUCGAUCUUUCUCCGGCGAGCGAUGACUUCCUUAUCUACGCCUCCGUCACAAAGCCUCGCCUUCUCCCCCGCCGCCACGUCAUCUAGACUCACUCCCGCCAAAAGACCGUUUUACCCUCACCGUCUCUCCGAUCCUACCUCCCUCUGCCGUUGUUCCUCCGGUGGCAAUCCAUCAUCCUCCUCCGAUGAUGAUGGUAAUCCUAGAUGGGACGCUGCGAUUCAGGAUGUUCUCAAGAGCGCCAUCAAACGGUUUGAUUCGGUUAUGAGCUGGUACGGCAAUCAGGAGAAGGAUGCUGGAGACGGCGUCGUUUCCGGUGGGAAUGUCAAGAGAGAGGAGGAAAGUGAUUGGGAUUGGGAGCGGUGGAAGAAGCAUUUUGAACAUGUUGAUGAUCAAGACCGUCUUCUCUCCGUCCUAAAGUCUCAAUUGAAUGGAGCCGUUAAACGAGAAGAUUACGAAGAUGCUGCGAGGCUCAAGGUGGCUAUUGCAGCUGCAUCUGCAAACGACUCUGUUGGCAGAGUCAUGUCCAGCUUCAAUAGAGCUGUUCUUGAAGAGCGUUACAAGGAUGCAGUAUACUUGCGAGACAAAGCUGGCGCUGGGUUGGUAGGGUGGUGGUCCGGUAUUGCGGAAGAUGUCAAAGAUCCUUUUGGUCUUAUUGUUCAAAUCACCGCAGAGCAUGGAAGAUAUGUGGCAAGAAGUUAUAAUCCUCGGCAACUUAGUACAUCUGCUGCGGGUGCUCCUCUUUUUGAAAUCUUUCUCACACUCGAUGCAAAAGGCAACUACAAAAAACAGGCAGUGUACCUAAAAUGGAAGGAGAUUUUUGCAGACGUUCCAACUAUACCUACAAGAAGUCCGAAUACUCCCAGGCUUUUGACUCCGCCUGUAUGGAAGGAAGAUACAGGUAAUCUUGCCGUCGAGCCUAGUGAUGAUGAAGAAGAGAGUGACAACUCAGACGACGAUUCUGAUCUCCUUGAUGAAUCUUCUGGUUUCCAGACUUUCCUGCAAGAUAUGAUCCCUGGUGUCAAAGUCAAGGUCAUGAAAGUGAACUCCCCUGGAAAGGUGGACAAAGAUUUCAUCUCUAAAGUUAUUGAGCAGAUAGCUGAUGAUGAAGAGAGUGAUUUUGAUAUAGAAGAUAUAGUUGUGGAAGAAGAAACUAAGGCUGAAACUGAAACAGAUGAAAAAGGCGCUGAUAUUGAAUUGGAAUCUGUGACAGAUGAAGUCAUUGACAGCAACGGAGUGAAGGAAAUAGCAGUUAAGUUUGUGAUAAGUGACAUUGUUGGUAGACUUUCUGGACACCAACCUCUUAAAGAGUCACUUAGAUCCCCUGCCAAUCUUGAAUCUGUGGAGAAGUCUUCGUUUCAUCUUCGGUUAGAGAAGGAUUUAAACGUACAACAAGAGUCCAAAGGUGUGGAAGGUACAUUAGUUGAUGGGAAAGGUAACCGCCAAAGUAGACGCAGGAUUGAUAACAUUAUGGUUGAUCUGGCCAAAUCCAUUGAGAAAGAGAAGAAGAUUUCUGUCAAGAUGCUUAAGGAGGUUGGGGAGCUGUUAAGCCUCACUCUCAGCCAGGCUCAGAACCGUCAACAGUUGUCUGGUUUGACGAGAUUCCGUCGCAUUGAUGUGACACCAUCGCUAGAUCCUCUAAAUGGGCUAUAUAUUGGCGCACAUGGGCUUAAUACAUCAGAAGUGAUUCAUUUAAAACGCAAAUUUGGCCAGUGGAAAGGUGGAAAGGAGUCUAAGAAGUCAAAGGAUAUUGAAUUUUAUGAAUAUGUUGAAGCUGUGAAACUAACUGGAGAUCCUUAUGUGCCUGCUGGGAAGGUAGCCUUUCGCGCAAAGAUUGGUAGACGUUAUGAGCUUCCACAUAGAGGUCUCAUCCCUGAAGAAUUUGGAGUGAUUGCUAGAUACAAAGGACAAGGUAGGCUUGCUGAUCCUGGAUUUCGUAAUCCAAGAUGGGUGGACGGCGAGCUUGUUAUCCUGGAUGGCAAGUAUGUUAAAGGAGGACCUGUCGUUGGAUUUGUCUAUUGGGCACCUGAAUAUCACUUUGUUAUGUUCUUCAACCGCCUGAAGCUUCAAGCCUAGUGCUUUUUUUUGUCUUCUCGCUCUACAAUCGAGGAAGAGUUUUCUUCUGGUUAUACACAUUGUAAGUUUACUCAGAAAGGUGAUUAGAAUGGUUUCACUAUUUGUAGAUUCAUGGAAUCAACUUAUGCCUAAGAUAAGAUUAGGUCAAGUUCAGGGUUCACUCUUUAUCUUUCUGGACCAGUAAUGAGCUUGGCUUAAGGCACCUAGAUUACGGCCAGAAUUAACACGGCAGAGUAUGUGAUCAUGCAGUGAAGUAGUCGGAUUCUGAGACUUUUUGUCAGAAAAGAAACUGGAUUGUAAGGUUGGAGAAGUAGGUAUAGAUAUGUGUAAAUUUAAUGUAUGUUCACUUCUCAGAGAUUGCUACUCGGAUGUAAACAUGAUAAAGAGUUGUUCUAAUGUACA